AUGGCAGACGCCUCAGACUAUCCCGAUGACAUUCAAUUUGCUGGCCUUGUUCAAGCAGCAACUGCAGCGGCCGACGAACAGACUCGCGAUCCGUCGUCGCUAGGAAAGCGCAAACGAGAUGACCAUGUCCUUGAAGAUGUCCCUAGAUUAGACGAAGACGGCGCUGGAGAUGCGCCUGAUCCCGCUGCAUCGAGUCCUCCGCACCUCCAAAGUUCUGCAUCUGUCUUGUUCCGAGAACCUUCGUCGAAGAGUAGGAAACACAGUAGGCCACCGCUGGGAAAGGUCUUUGCAUCUUUGGAGCUUGCCCCCGAGAAUUUCUUGCGGCUUCAGACUGCUGCCAAGGCAUUCAUGCUGGACGAGGCGCACCCGGAGCGGAGGGAAGUCGUAGGACCCAAGAAAAACGCAGGAGGCUCUGAUUUGGCCAAGUUAAACUUGUGGAACUGUGUUGAGGAAUUCCUCUCCGUCCAUGGCUAUGGGGACAAGUUUUUCGCCCAAGGAGCGGGUGAGGGUAUUCCUGGAGCACCUCAAAGAAGCAUAUUCUGGCCUCGGGACAGCCAGACCAUCAUAAAACUAAUGAUGCCAUUAAUGAGGAAGAUGGUCACCAACGAACGUCAACGGAUCUAUGCUGCUGCCACCAGGAAACAAGGAUCGGCGAAAGAAUCAGGUGAGGAGCAGUCACCAGCACCUGUGGACGAGUCCAUCAUGUCCGGCGUCAAGGCUCCUGAGACGAGCUACUCGGACCAAGAGAUUGGGGUCCAACCGUCCAUACCAGUGCACCAAGAUAUCCCAAGCUUGCCACCACAUGUGUCACAGCCCACAACCACCUUCAAGCAAUCAAUCGUCCUCCAUGUCAACGUGGUGUCAAAUACUGGCGGAGCACUGAGACGAGUGAUACCACGGUUUAGCUUGACGCCAGAAGCAGCUCCUAGCCUGUCAGCUUUGCUCGCCGAGGUGGAGAAACGGUACACUCUCCCAGCAAGAACGGGAGGCGCUCCUGGAGUGCAAGGCCGUCCAAUCGUCAAGGUGUGGCUCACCGAUGGUCUGGUAACGGUGGAAGAAGACGGAGAGUGGAUGGUUGCGCUGUUGAGCGCUGGGGUUGUUGACUGGAUGGAUGGUGAGGUUCGAGUGCUCAUCGAAAUCUGA